UGCCCUGUAACAUAUUCGGUAUUUCAGUCGUACAGCAGUCUAAUACCCUACGUGGAAACAGGGAAGUAUUUACAAUUUUACAGUUCAAAUGAAUAUACGUAAGCUACCAUAUACACUUUAAUAUAAUUCGGUUUCAUUGGCUAUUACAAACGGAAUAUCGUUUCCGUCAAAACACACAAAGUGACAUCCAAAUUGAGAAGCUUGAUAGCGCAUGGUUAUACCCAGUAGCACUAGACAUUCAUUUUAAACACGCACCCGAAUAUUUAUAAUUUCCUUUAAUGUGCACUAAAUAUCCGUUUCAAACACCAGAUCUUAAUAUCAGCAUUAGGCUACAUCGAUCCGUAAUAUUAGGAGGUAUACAUGUUCCAACCGAAAUUCCCAAGCACACUGAUGACAAUGUUACCCUCGCUGUUGUAAGAUUUCCUGCUAACGGGUAAGUGCAGCUACCCGUGCAAUGCCGCUCUCCAUAAAGCAGUCGCGUAUACGCACUGAGUGCGAGCUCCACCCAUUUCUGGGACUUGAUUAGACCGCUCCACGAAGUCGCGGCUAAAACUUUACUCUUCUAGAUAUUAACGACGACAUGGGAAUGAAACAGUGCAAGUACCGUCGUUGGAGAAUUAUAAUACAAGCAAUAACACAUUUUGUAGCUACUCAGUCACUGCGUGCUUGGAAACGGUAGGCUAAUAAGUAAGCCUAAACUAAGCACGCAAAAGAAACUACCAAUAUUGUCAGAAAUUGUUAACUUGUGAGAAACGGAUUUGACGGGAUGUUCAGACCCGAGAGGACGAACCUGAAUUUGGGGGAUGCAACUCGCGGACGGGACCCUGACCACCGGAGGUUUACCGUGGAAGGAUGUCCCGGCAGAGAAUCUCCCUUCUCGCUCGAACUCAAUCCCAGGAAGAGGCUACAUUCAGCGGAGGAAGCCCUGUGCGGCAGCCGACCACCCCCGGAGGGCGCCGGGUCUGUGACCAUAUCAGAGUCGGGUCAUUUCGAGAGAAGGGACCUCAAGGGAAACUUGUGCAAACAAUGUCAGAUGAAAGUCGCAGAACUGAAGAGGCAAGCGCUCGCGCUGACCGAUCCAGGGUCUCUGAAGGACCCGGGCUUCGCCGCCUUCCUCUUCGACAAGCUCCAAGUGCCUGAGUACCCUCCGCGCGGGCGGCAUGAGGGCGGGGGCCAGUGCGAGGUCUGCUCCACCCCCCUGCACCAGCUGAGACAGCAGGCCCUUCAGAUGAUCCUGGCCGUGGCCAAAGACAUGCCCGACCUGCCGCCCAGCGCCCUCUCGGGGCUGCCCCCGCGGGCCGCCGGGCGCGGCGUGGUCACGCUGUCCUCGUCCCGCGACUGGGCGCUGCCCGCCGGGAAGCAGCCGCCCAAGCCCCACACCAUCCUGUCCGCGGGCGAGAGGCGCCGGGGGCUGGGCUGGCAGCAGGGGGCCUCCGCCGGGCCCAAGUCCAGCGUCCAGGUGACGGUCGGGACGGGCCCGCUGACGAGCACCCUCGGCUCCGUCACCAUCCAGGCGCAGCAGUACCUCGAGGGCAUGUGGAGCAUCUCCCGCGUCAACAACUUCCUGCCUCAGCCCUGCCUGACGCAGGGCCUGACACCCGAGCCGGAGUGGGGUGGCGUGGCCCCCGAGGCCCCCAGCGCCACUGUGAGCAGCUGCCUGCCGCCUGCACCCCAGGGGAGCCCCGCCCAGCCGGCGCAGGGCGUGGUCGGGCCCCCCGGAUCGGCCCAGGGCGCUUCCGCCGCAGCCUCCUUCUUCAUCAGGGCAGCCCAGAAGCUGAACCUCUCGUCCAAGCGCAAGAAGCACCAACCGCCCCUGCCGCUCUCCCAGGAGCCCUCCAUCUACCCCACCAGUUUCAGCGGCAUCCUGCAGGUGUCUCCACCCCCAGCGCCCCCAUGCCUUCUCCGAGCCGUGUCCAAGGUCAAAGACAACCCAGGAAUGGGAAAGGUGAAGGUGAUGAUGCGCAUCUGCCCCUCUCAGGGCGCUCACGACACGUCGGAGUCCAUGUCCUUCCUCAAGGUGGACCCGCGCAAGAAGCAGCUGACCCUCUACGACCCCACGGCCAGCGCGCACCCCAACUCAGGGCACCGCCGCGCCGCCGUGGCCGCCCCGAAGAUGUUCGCCUUCGACGCCGUCUUUACCCAGGAUGCAUCGCAAGCUGAGGUGUGCUCAGGGACGGUGGCGGAAGUCAUCCAGUCGGUGGUGAACGGCGCAGACGGCUGCAUCUUCUGCUUCGGCCACGUCAAGCUCGGCAAGACGUACACCAUGAUCGGUAAGGACAGCUCCACCCAGAGCCUGGGUAUCGUGCCCUGCGCCAUAUCCUGGCUCUUCAAGCUCAUCAACGAGCGCAAGGAGAAGACGGGAACGCGUUUCUCCAUCCGGGUGUCGGCCGUGGAGAUCUGCGGCAAGGACGAGACGCUGAAGGACCUGCUGUCCGAGGUGGCCAGCGGCAGCCUGCAGGACGGCCAGUCCCCGGGGGUCUACCUGCGCGAGGACCCCAUCUGCGGCACUCAGCUCCAGAACCAGAGCGAGCUGCGCGCCCCCACCGCCGAGAAGGCCGCCCUGUUCCUGGACGCGGCCAUCGCCGCCCGCAGCACCAGCAGGCCCGACUGCGACGAAGAGGAGCGCCGCAACUCGCACAUGCUCUUCACCCUGCACAUCUACCAGUACCGCAUGGAGAAGAGUGGCAAAGGAGGAAUGUCUGGCGGGCGGAGCCGACUGCACCUCAUCGACCUCGGAAGCUGCGAGAAGGUCCUGAGCAAGAGCAGGGACGGAGGCGGGGGCCUGUGCUUGUCACUGACCGCCCUGGGGAAUGUCAUCCUCGCCCUGGCGAAUGGAGCUAAGCAUGUACCUUACAGGGACAGCAAGCUAACGAUGCUGCUGAGGGAAUCGCUGGGGAACAUCAACUGCCGAACCACCAUGAUUGCCCACAUCUCUGACUCCCCGGCCAAUUACGCCGAGUCGCUCACCACCAUUCAGCUGGCGUCCCGCAUCCACCGCAUGAGGAAGAAGAAAUCCAAGUAUGCAUCUAGCUCCUCUGGUGGGGACAGCUCCUGUGAAGAGGGGCGAAUUCGCCGACCGCCCCACCUAAGGCCCUUCCACCCCCGAACGGUGGCCCUGGACCCAGACCUACCAGCCUUUGUCAGUGAUCCAGACUACUCCUCUAGCAGUGAGCAGUCCUGUGACACAGUCAUCUAUGUAGGACCAGGAGGAGCUGCCAUCUCUGAUCGUGAGCUCAGUGACAACGAGGGCCCUCCUGCUUUUGUUCCCAUUAUUCCAUCACUGAACAGGAAGCGCGUCAAAGGCAGCCCGGUAGAUCGAGACCUCUUUAAAUGCAACACAUUUGCGGAACUUCAGGAAAGACUUGAGUGCAUUGAUGGCAGCGAGGAGCCUAACUCCUUCACAGGGGAGGGCAGGGGGUCUCAGACUGGUCCCAAAAUAGACACUGGAGUAGUGGCCAAAGUUAAAGAGGGGGCUUCUGUUCCCCUAAAGACUCCUGCCAAAGCAUCCUCCCAAGAGAAUAUUUCUCCAAAACAGUCUCCCCACUACAUACCAACUCACUCCAACAACAGCAGCCCUGUAAAAUCCAAAAUGGAACAUUCCAAAUGGCCAGGUGCCACUUCAGAAAGGGGAAUCUCUGAGAACUUAAGCCGUACAAGUGCAGACGGGGAGAAAGUGCUGGUUUCUGAUGGCCGGACAAGCAGUUACAAACAUGGUGGGGCAGCAUCACAGGACUCUGAGCCAGUGGUGCGUGAGAAGGUCUACUUAAACAAGAAGCCAUUACCCAAACCUGCCCCUCCUCCCCCCCAGCAGAGAGAGCCCAAAAGGCUGUGUCCCGAGACUGAGGGAAGCUCUGCCACCAGGAUCCCCCCUGUAGGGAUGAGCCACCAAGCGGUAAAACGGGGAGAAGCCGGGACCUCUCCAGUGCUGGGUAGAGCCCACCACAUGAGCAGGACCCCACUGGAGGUCAGCCACCUCCGCUCGACCCUAAGAGGGAGGUGUUUUGACAGGGACAUCCUGAGGACUACUGUGACCCUGCAACAACCUGUGGAGCUGAAUGGAGAAGAUGAGCUGGUGUUCACAGUGGUGGAGGAGCUGUCCAUUGGCGGCAUCAUUGACAAUGGGCGGCCCUCUAGCAUUAUUAGCUUCAAUAGUGACUGCUCUUUGCAGGCAUUGGCCUCAGGCUCACGUCCGGUUAGCAUCAUCAGUAGUAUCAAUGAUGAGUUUGAUGCAUAUACCUCCCAGGUGGGUGCCUCUGGGGUUAAUAUAGAGGUGGUGACACCUUUGCCAGACGAGCCUUUUCACUGCAUUGGCAGUAGGCGCUCCUCGAUCAGUUCCUGGCUCAGUGAAGUCAGUGUAUGCACACUAGAGAGUGAAGGUGCACACUCUGCAGGCAGCUUCAUACCGCCGUCUAAGCACAUUGGUCCAGAGGGUACCUUCUAUUUGGAUUCCCUCAGCAUGUUCGACAAGGAGCCCUUCUCCCCUAAGGAUGCCAAGAGUUCCCUGAAUGACAGUGGCUUUUGCUUCUCAGAAGUGGACAGUGAGAGUGCCACCUCCAGCAAACUCUCCCUGAGUAUGACUAAGUGCCCACCAUCCCCCGACUCUACCAAAGCAUCCACCAGAGGUUCUAAAGUUACAAAAGCCAGUACUCUCAACACUUCCCAACCCCCACAGAUCUCGCAUGUUCACUCCAGUCUUCCCAGGAAAAUGAAACCUACCUCAUCUGUCCCCCAGAGUAGCAAGCAGGAAGGCAAGCCGGAUGAUCCUUGGUUGCGCAUGGACAGUCACUCACAAUCUCAAAGUUCUGAGACUGUCUCUUCAAUUAAGUGCUCCAGGAAUGGCACGAGUGGUAUACCCUCCAGGAAGCCAGGCCUGAACAGCAACAGUGUACCUCGACCACCCAAAACACAGGGGUCUACCUCAUCCCAGAGAGUGGUGGAUGGCUGCGAAAAGUCUAGUGUCAAGAAGGCAGAGCCUCCUAGUAAAAUGCCGCAGUUCCGGAGAGGGGCAACCACACUGGGCACCGUGCCUGUCAUCCACAGUUCCCCCGAGUCCAAAGGGAAUCUAGAUGCCACAUCGGCAACUGGAAGCCUCAAGUUCUCCUCCUUGGGAAAGAAAACAAAUGGACAGAAAGGUAUGCUUUCUAAGCCUGGUGGCACAUCACCCCCUGCUCCACCAGUUCGUAAAUCCAGCCUAGAUCAGAAGAACAGGAUCUUGCUGCCCCCAAGUGCCUUAAAAGCUGCAGGUAUUGAUGCAGGAAAGUCCUCAGCACCUAGGGCAACAGCAUCAGAAGAUGAGCUUGAUUUACGUUUCAGAGGGGACUCCACUGGCUACAAAACAUCAAGCUUAAAGGCUGACUACAGCUCAGCCAAAGCAACGUCUAGUCUAAAAAAUAGGGGGGUCAAAGGAGAUGGUGGACAGUGCUAUGGCAGUCAGAUUUCUCUGGAGAGAUGUGACAGCUUGACUUCAGUGGGGUCCAAACCUGGACUUAGUAGAGAGAAUAGCGGUGCCAGCUUAGGCAGCAGUGGCAAAUCUAGCAGGUCUAUACCAAGGCUUGGAAUGCCCACCUCUGCCUCCACUCCCACUGCUACAUCUCCCCCUUCCUGUACUGCCCCUGGAACCCCAGGCAAAACAGGGCAGAUAAAAGGCAGUGUCAACCCGAAGGGGAUGGGUGUAAAUGGAAGUAAGGUCCGAAGCCUCUCCUCAAGCAACUCCAAGGCCCUGAGCUCCUCCACCAAAUCCCUUGCUGCUCCCACCACACGGAGUGCUAACCUUCCCCCCACUGGGAAGACAGCCACUCGGUCUGUGACGGGGGUCAGUGGUAAACCUGGGAGGGGAACCAUUAUGGGCACAAAACAAGCCAUCCGUGCAGCUAACAGCAGAGUCAGCGAGCUGGCGUCAGGCAGCCCUGGAAAGCACUUCAGGGGCUCUGGGGACUCGGACAGUGGCAACGACAGUGGAGUGAACCUGAGUGAUGACAAGACCUCCAUCCCUAUGCUGCCAUCCCCCUACAGUAAGAUCACAGCUCCAAGAAGGCCUCAGCGCUACAGCAGUGGACACGGCAGUGACAAUAGCAGUGUACUGAGUGGGGAGCUUCCUCCAGCCAUGGGGCGCACUGCACUGUUCUACCACAGUGGGGGCAGCAGUGGCUAUGAGAGCAUGAUCCGGGACAGUGAAGCCACUGGCAGCGCCUCCUCCGCCCACGAUUCCAUGAGCGAGAGUGGCAUGUCCUCUUCUGGCCGCACCAGGGCUUCUAAAUCCCCCAAGAAGAGGUCUAAUGGCCUCCAGCGGCGGCGUCUGAUCCCGGCUCCUCUGCCAGACACCGCGUCCCUCGGGAAGAAGGCCAGUGCCACGGGCCAAUGGGUGGACCUGCCCCCAUUGCCCGGGACUCUGAAGGAGCCCUUUGAGAUCAAAGUGUAUGAGAUUGACGAUGUGGAGCGACUACAGAGGAGACGACAAGAGGAUGCAGCUGAGCAGCCGUUCCAGGAUGUUGAGAAGGGCCUGCUGUAUUUCAACACUAAGCUGAAGAUUCUGGAGAGGCGGCAGCAGCAGAUCCAGGACCUGCGGGCCAAGCACGACAUGCUGAAAGAGGAACUGGAGGACACCAAGCAGAGGCUGAUGAUGGAUCCCAGCAAGUGGACAGGAGAGUUCGAGGUAGACCAGGAUUUGGACAAGGAGUCGCAGGAGUAUCUAGAGGCCCUGGAGCAGGUGACAGACGAACUGGAGUACUGCGUCAACCUAUGCAAGUCGCGUGUCAUGAUGGUGACGUGCUUCGACAUUGGGGUGGCGUCCGACGUUCAAGAUGGACCACGAGAAGUCGAAGUGUGAGAGAGCGACAGAGGGAAGAGAGGGAAUCCAGAAAGUCGACAAGGAAGGAUGACGAAGUGUAGCAGUGAGUUCGUAGAUACGCCGAGAGGCAGCAGGAUGGCGCCCCACAGCGAAAAGACAAAACUAAAAUGGGCGUCAAACAUGGGAAAAGCCACAUGAUGGAAAGGGGCUUUUCUUUCUGCAGAAAGAAAUCUUCACUAUGUUGGACAGACAGGAAUGGAGCAGGACUUUUGAACAAGCAGCAAAGUUUCUACGUUUUCCGCGGUGGCGAGACCGAAAGCAGAUGUCAUAAACCAAUUCAUUUCACUACAUCCCAAAGUGCCUUUUUCUUAAGACUGUUUUCAAGUGAAUAUUUUUUGUAUUGGUGCUAGUAUUAAAACCAGCAUACCUAAGCAAACCCUAAACAUAUUCCUUUUAAGAAAAAUAAACUUAUUUUAUAUUGUAUUGUAUAGUGUAUUUAUAUGAUUAUACAGUAUGUAAAAAUAUCAUUUUAGGUAAGAAAAAAAGAAAUAAAAGGAGAAAAAAAUAAGAGCAAUAAACUAAUGUUAUUGCAUCCCAAACUUUGCCUUUCUCAUGUUCAAACCUCAAGUCAACGUGUGCCCGUGGUCAUACAGCCUGUAGACCUUAGGUUUCUGUCCACUUUGGUUUUUAUCUUAUACGGAUGGCUAACCUUUAAAAACACAGUACUGCAUUAUUUUGUCGAGGACCAGACUUGCUGUCAUAACUAUGCCUCAGCCGGCAGUGUCGCAGAAUUCCUUUGCCGUUUUCAUUUGCCUUGAUCACGAGGGGUCCCGGCGGACACGUGCAGCGCGGGAAGGCGAACCUGUUGUCGUGGAGUGCUCGCCCUUGUUUAUUUAAAUGGAGAUGCGGCAGCGGCGGUCCAUUAAUCCUGAGGGCCGGCUCCCGCGCCGGGCCGCUCCCAACAGGAGACGCGCGUGAUUCAUGGCGUGACAGGCGCCCGCUCUCGAAGGCACCUGCUCUCGGAGGCGCAAGCCCCAGCGUCAGCCUGAGAAACAAGCCCCGCGUCCAUAGCGAGCGCGUGACACCAGUGCCGUUUGGUACGCCACAAGCCCAUUUCUGCACAGUGGCUCUGAGGGGGAGUGGGGGUUCUACUGGGUGAGCAAAGGGCAGAGGUGAGACACUGUAAGCAGGGCCAAUCAGCUGCCCCAGUGGUUUUGCGCAGGGAGGUCCCAGGCCAGUCUAUGCAUUCCACCACUCUUGCUCUAACCAAGAACCUCAAAAUGUCAUUGUGAGCACAAACGUCUUGACCGGUUUCGACCCUUCACGGUUCCAGCGUCCAUCAGAACACUGGUCCAAACCAUGCUGCAGACGCUGGCACAGCUGAGAAAGAGUACCAGUUCUUUGCUGUAUCUUUCUGUUAAUGCGUUCAUAUCCUCAGAUGAGUCAGUCCCCACCCAGAAUGACGGCAGUUAUCUGUCAGCGGCCAGGGAUAUGAGAAUAUCCAGGUCCGAGAAUGAGGACGCAGUGAUUCAAUUUGGAGCCCUGAGAUAUCGGGGCCGUGAACCAAGUGAACAAAUCAGAUCAUUAUUUCAGCAAAAAUGUAGCUGCCAGUAUGUUUUUGUGUUCAUUUGUGUUUUCUCUCUGAAUAAACCCGAUAAGCAGGCUGCGAACUGUUUGGUUUUCCAAAGGGAGAGACAAAAACUCUGGCUUGGUUGUUGUUUCUUUUGAUUAUUAUUAUUAUUUUUUAAAUAAUUCUGAACUGAUCUUGUUUUUCUUCUUUAAAUAAGAAUAUACUCUCAGGCCCUUUCUGAAGAUGCUGCAUGAGAUUUCUAUUCAUCUUUUUGUAUUACACAUUGUUUUGGUUUUGCUCUUGUUUUGUAAUAAAAUCCCUGGCUUUCACUAAUGCGUGGUCGGUCAUCUAGGCUGACUGUUACCAAACAUUUUUUUAAGAAUGGUUUUAACAAAUGUAUGUAAGGCCACAUUUCAUAUCAAAUCAUAUUUUCAAAUGUCUUUGGUUUUGUAUAGGGUUUUCAAAUCCUGUGUAUAAAUGUAUGAUAAUGGCAGCUUGCAUUGACUUUUACUUGUGAAUAAAUGAUAUGUUCCUUCUUAUUGCAGUA